CAGCUUGUCUAUGCGAUAGCUAUCGGCUGGCAGUGUUGGUUGCAAGAAGGAUUGAGCUAUUUAUUUAAUGGCCAAAAAACAUAAGCAUAGUCAAAUAUUUUCAAUUUCAAUUUCAAAGCACAAGUUUUAAUUAACUUAUAUGCUUAUAUUCGAAAUGAUUUAUAAAAUAAUAAAAUAUAUUAGCGGGGCGUUCUAGCUACUUUUAGCUAUAUAUAGCUAGUUUAGCGUUUCUUGCACUUGGGCGUUGUUCAACACUGUACCGGUGAAUUUUGCUGAGCGUACUGCUGAUUUUAAUAAACAAUUUAUAUAUUUUGCAGUAACUAACGAAAAGUAAGACAUCAAAAUGAACGCACCACCGACCUUUGAGUCAUUUCUCCUCUACGAAGGCGAAAAAAAAAUCAUCAAGGAACUGGACACCAAAGUGACCAAUGCGGCAAUAUUCACCAUAAACAAAGAGGAUCACACGCUGGGCAACAUGAUCCGCAACCAACUGCUGAAGGAUCCCAAUGUUCUGUUUGCCGGCUACAAGGUUCCGCAUCCUCUGGAGCACAAGUUCGUUAUCCGCAUUCAGACUACGGCCGAUUAUUCUCCGCAGGAAGCCUUCAUGAAUGCCAUAACCGAUCUUCUAGCGGAAUUAUCUCUCUUCGAAGAGCGUUUUAAAGACGCCAUCAAGGAGAAGAAGGAGGGCGGCGAUUAAUCAUAUAAUAACCAAUAAAUUGCUUAGUCUUAUGAAAACCCAAUAAAAACUAAUGAACGCUUCUUCUUCCA